AUGCGAUAUCCCGGAAAAAUGCCGAAGGUGCCAAGCAACAGGACCAGAGUGUCACCAUACCCGCUUCGCUCUACAAGGACUCAGAAAGAACCUAUCGAGGCACAAGGCCCAAGCCAAUGGGAGGAUGUCUUGUGUGUGAUCUGCCAGGAAGCGCCACACAAUGCCAUCCUCAUGCGGUGCUCUUCAUCCUCUACUGGAUGCCGUGCCUAUAUGUGCGACACGAGUGUUCGUCACUCCAACUGUUUCAAGCAGUACCGCAAGAAAAACAUGAACCGCGUAACCAAGGCCUUUAACUGUCCUUACUGCAGAGGAGAGAUCUAUGAGGCGAUGAAGGUGCAGUCAGGUGGAAGGAGAGCUCUGAAUGCUAAACCGAGGUCUUGCGCUUUCGAGAACUGCAACUUCUCGGGGACAUAUUCUCAGCUUAAGAAUCACUUGAAAGCUGAUCACCCCGGUUCCACCCGACCUUUGGUUGACCAGGAGAGAGAGCGGGUGUGGGAACAGAUGCAGAGAGUUACUCAGUACAAUGAUAUCAGUAUUGCAGCUGGUCUCCCACGUAGCGGCUUCGAGGUUUUGCAUCAACAGCUUCCCGAUGUUCCUCCUCGUCUGGUGAUCCUGCUUUGGGUCAAUGGAGUGGUUCAGGGCAUUUUGCAUCAUCAACUUCCCAACAGUCUUCCGCAUAGUUUCGAGAUCCGGGCUGGGGCCAAUGGGGUGGUGCGGAACUAUCUUCUGUGCUUCCGCGGACUUGGUGCUGCUUCGCCUCUCAGUAUUCAUGAUUCUUAA